AUGGAUGGUCAUGGCAAUAAAAUCACUCCUGUAAAUGAGACCACUUCUACACAGGCCAACAAUGUUCAGAAUGGCAAUGCCAGGUUGGAGGCGAAUUCUACACAACCGGAGAAGGCCGCUAAUGUACCACCUUUGAACCUUGACAAACUUUCCGUCACCUCUAACGAAGAGCAGCCGUUAGAUCUCUCGUGGCCAGAGACGCCAAUGAAACGGCUUAUUUAUGUGCUUCUAGCACCUAUCACAUUUCCUCUAGCGGUCACACUCCCAGAUGUAAGAAAACCGGUAAGUUAUCCGCAUUUAUCGGAUGAACAAGUAGACUUUCACCAAGGAAAUUCAUGUCAGUUGUAA